AUGGCGAGCGCAAAGAAAACUCCGGAUAUUAGAGCUAGAAAAUCCAGGGCGCAAAUAAGCGAAGCAUCUUCUGUAUCAAGUGGUCCAGCCACUAAUCUAUCAGACCGAAGAAACUUGCAGCCAAGGGGUCUUCCUCCAAAGGGUCCAUAUACUGCAUCUUUCAGUGUUGCAUUUUUGGCAUUUUUGCUUGUUAGGAUUUUGGCGGCAUUAUAUGCAAAUAUUGGGGAUUGCGAUGAGGUCUAUAAUUAUUGGGAGCCUACGCAUUAUCUACAAUAUGGAUAUGGCAUGCAGACAUGGGAAUACUCUCCUGAAUAUUCCAUUCGAAGUUGGGCCUAUAUUUCUCCUCAUGCCUAUCUUGGAAUGCUAAUAAGCUUUUUGAUCAGAACUGAUGAUAAGAUUAAAGUUUUUUAUGGGAUCCGUAUCAUCUUUGCAAUAUUUUGCGCAUAUUGCGAGGCAAAGUUCUAUCGUGCUGUUCUUGAUCAAUUAGGAAAUCGUGUGGGACGUUAUAUAUUUGUAAUGUUGCUUUCAGCGGCAGGCAUGUGGAAUGCAUCAAUUGCAUUUCUUCCAUCUACUUUUUCAAUGUACACUACAAUGCUGGCAUUUACAUUUGCGCUCGGUCCUGUUUCAUCUAAGAAUACAAAACGCCCUUAUAGAGCUAUUGGAUUCUUCGGUCUUGGUGCACUUUUAGCCUGGCCAUUUAGUGCAGCUGUUGGCAUUCCAUUGGUAUUUGAGGAAUUAUUCGUCCGUGGCACAGAAACAAACAAAAAUCUUGCUAAAAAUAUUAAUUGGCGAAUUCAAAGAAUAAAACGAGUGGCUGGUGCUACCAUAUAUGCAUUCUUGAUCAUAAUACCAAUCGUUUCGAUUGAUUAUAUAUUUUACAAAAAAAUUACCAUUGUGCCAUUAAACAUUAUAUUAUAUAAUGUUUUUGGUGGUGAAGGUCGUGGCCCAAAUUUAUAUGGUACAGAGCCGUGGUCAUAUUAUUUUGUCAAUGGUCUAUUGAACUUCAAUAUUCUUUUUGUAUUAGCUAUCCUAAGUAUACCUGCUUUGGCAUUAACCUUUUUUGUUGAUAACGGACGCAUAGCAUCCGCUUCCCCUACUGAUAAGAAUUACCCAUAUAUAAUUGUCCUUUUACGAUUGAUUCCGUUCUAUCUUUGGCUCUUUAUUUUUAUCGCUCAACCACAUAAGGAAGAACGGUUUCUCUUUGUUGUUUAUCCUUUAAUUUGUUUGAAUGCUGCCGUAUGCCUUUUUCUUGCUAGAGGAUGGGUUGAUAGAUUCUUAUUUGAAUUAAGCUGCUUUUCGAUAGCACGAAAUCGACGGAAACAAUUUUUGACCACCCUUACCUCCUUUAUUUUACUUUCAUCUGUUGCCAUUUCAGUAUCACGUGUUAUGGCACUUUAUUCAAAUUAUCAUGCACCAAUUUUGCUAUACAAGCAUUUUUACCAAGUAGAAAUUCCAACACGAAAUCUUUCAAGUCUUAAUUCAGAUAAAAAAAUUAAUUUAUGCCUUGGAAAAGAAUGGCAUAGAUUUCCAAGUCAUUAUUUUUUACCUCAUGGCGUAAGAUUGAGAUUUGUGCAAUCAGAUUUCAGAGGAUUAUUGCCAAAGUAUUUUUUGGAAAAGGAUGAUAUUGUGAAUGACGAAAAUUUAACACAAAAUUCUCGAGUGCCAAUUGGAACCUGGAAGUUGCCGGGCGGGUUUAACGAUCGAAACAAAGAAAAUCCGGAACAUUACGACAAAAAUAUCGACAAAUGCGACUACCUUAUAGAUCUUGACUUUAAAUCGUCUGAAUCGACCCCUCGUGAAACUCGUUAUAUUAAAAAUACUGAAGAAUGGUCAAAAAUUGCAUGCUUACCAUUUUUGGAUGCUAAAAAUUCUAAACAAUACGCACGUGCUUUCUAUUUACCAAUGUGGUUCUGGGAAAAAUGGACUAAGUAUUCAACACAUCGGUCCCCAUUGCAAUGGGGAGAUUAUUGUCUUCUAAAGAAACAACCACCUAAGAUUAAAUUACCAGAAUAUAAAGAACCCGAAUCUUUUGAAGAAG